CCCAAUAUAAGUGCACGUUGGUUCAAAAAAUUAAAAUUAAAAACAUUGGGAAAUAUAAAUUUUCAAAUAUUUUCCUUAUUUUUACCGAUACUAGUAUUUUACAUAUUAAACCUUCUAUUUGUUGAUAACAUGCGUUAGUCCACGAAGGUUUACGUGAAAUCGAGGAUUAAAAUCCAACCAAAAGCUGAGUGAAAGACGGGUCAAUAUUUACGAUCGAAAUGUCAUCCUUUAGUAAUGGGGAACCAGCAAUCUCAUCUACGAGUAGUUAUGUUGAAACGUACAUGGACUGUAAGUAUAUAUAAGUCUGAAAUAAGUGCUAGGAUUGUGGGACACGAAGUAGUGUUGAUAGAUAGGAUACUGCGUUGCUCAGAUCGCUAUGAAGUGUAUAAGCCAUAUAAAAUACUGUCCUUUGCUGGUCACAGAUAUUUUGUCUAUUCUCAUUGGAAACUUCGAUGUUUUUAAGCAUUUGAAUGUUUCAAUUAGCCCAAUCAAGCACAAUUGGCAUAUCUGUGAAAUGCUCUUAACAAGCAUUGAGGUUUCACAAAAUGUGCCCUAGUGCCCCCUAUUUCCCCCCUCCAAUUAUGCCAGACGAUUUUAAUAUUUUCAGAUGUUGAAGCGCUACCUGACGAUCUACAAAGAGAUAUCUCACAAAUGCGAGAGCUGGAUAUGAUGUACCAAGGUAUAUGGUUUUCCGUAGAUCUAUGGGUUUUUCAAGCCGAACUGUAUACAUAUUUUAGACCUUACCUGGAAUAGAUGCAAAAAAUGUAACUAUAGGCCCUCUGCAGGAAUUGAACUUACAAUUUCAAGACUUUCUCCAGAAGUUUGUGUAUAUAUACUAGGGGAUGCCACCGAAUGGUCACAGGUUCGAUUCCCACCGUGGUCAGGCAAACUUUUCAGCUUGCCCACCCGUGUGGAUGCACACUCAGCGUAACAUCAUAUUCACCCGAGUACAUAACACCAACACACACAAAAAAUUUUAGGCAUCAUGUUCCCUAGAAGAAAACGUUAAUGGCAUGUGCAUGGUAUAAAUACUAUAUUAGAAUAGUUUGUGUAACAUACUGUUACAAUAUGUUAAAAAAUUUCAGAGAAACUGAGAGAAAUUGGUCGUUGGAUGGACACGUAUCACCAGAGAAAAGAAUCGUCUGUUAGAAAACGAUGUAUGAUCAAUAUUCAAAGAUGUUUGGUGAAAGGUCAAGAAUUGGGGGACGAAAAAUUACAACAUGUCUCACAUAUGAUGGAUAUGGUAUAGAAUUCAUAUUGCAAUAAAAUAUUACAAACUUAUGGCAAGUCUAGGGGUGUGUGGGGGGUUGCAAUGUCCACCUUCCCCUAGAUUAGGAUUGAUUGGUGGUUAUCAAAAUUUCCAACUUUUGAUGGUAGUGGUGAAUGAAGCAUGUACAAAAAUAUGACCAGCAAACGAAGCCAAAAUGUGGCCCACUUUAUUGCCAAGUCCAUCAUUUUUUUAUGCAUCAAGAGGAAAGUGCUGGCAACCCUGAAUUACACCCGCAAUGUUUAAGAUGUGUUUACCACUGUUUACUAUCAACAGACAAAAACAUUGUGUGUACAAAAUUGUUAAAUAUUGCAGGUGGAUACAAAAAGUCGUCAGGUUGAGAUUGAAAUGGAGUCGGCUGAACUAAGAAGUGAUCAAGCACCAACUAUACCACUGAAACAAGAAACACAAGGUAGAAGGACUACAUUGUCACAUAUGUACCGGUACCUACCUAAUGCUAUAGGAUCUUACUGUUAAGGGGAAAUGUGUUGGGCUUAAUUUGAAUUCAUAUAACACUUUAGAUGAUCAAGAUACAACUCAAAAAGCUGGUGAAAAAAUAAAAACUACAAGUAUGUAUUUCCUACACGUUUAGGAAUGAAGCUAUUUAAAGCAUGUCUAAGUAUUACUUACCGGUACCAGAGUAUGUUUGUUCUGCGCAUCAGUUCUGCUCAUAACAAAGGGGGACUUCCCCCCCAGAUAUAAACAUUGCCCAAAUUUUGCAUCUUUCAAACUUUUUUGAAAUGUAGAGUUUAUAUUCAUUUACAAGCAUAGCGAAUCGGAAAAGUAUUAGAUACCGUAUUUAGUUAGUAUAUCAUAUUUUACAAGUAUAGCAGUUCAAAACGUAAACAUGAUGAGUGGACCUCAUCUUUAACCUGUAUCACCUGAAUUCUUGCUUCUCAACAGGAAAUCGUCGUAGACUUCAUGAAAAAGUUAAGCAAGAACAGGAUGUGGAAAAUCCAGAGAAAAUCUCAAAUUCUGCUGAGAAUCCAAAACCACCCAAAAAAAAGAAAUUCAAUCGAAAGUGAGUCAGAAGUUCGUACAAUAUUGCGUUUUGUAUUUUCUCCAGAUAAUCCUGGUUCCUCCUGUAGUAACACUGCCUUACUUUUGUGUAUUCUGCAGAAAGAAGAAAGAAAAUAGUUCUCCAACGCCCGAUAUUCCAAUUGAUCCAAAUGAACCAACUUACUGUCUAUGUAAUCAGGUAACUUUAAAAUAUCGAAUCAAAACAUAUUUAGAUCAUGAAGCAUGUGACAUCUUUGUUUCUCUGGACAGGUUUCUUUUGGUGAAAUGAUAGGCUGCGAUAAUGAGGGGGUAAGUUUCUCUGAUAUUUAGUACCAACAGUUGCUGUGUCAACAUUUCUUGCCAUCAAGGCUAAUUACAUACAUGCACAAUGAAUGGCUCCUGCCUCUUAAAUACUAAUACAUGUACUUUGCUGUUAACUGUUCAAUUAUUAUAUAUUUUUAGUGUGCAAUUGAGUGGUUCCAUUUCCAAUGUGUUAAUUUAACUUCGAAACCCAAAGGAAAAUGGUAAUUAAUGCUAAAUGUUAAACAUAAAAUACUUAUUUGAGAAACUAUAGCUUCAUGUGUUUUUCUAAUAUCCUCUCCAGGUACUGUCCAAAAUGCAGUCAAGAAAGACAGCGAAAAAAGACGGACAAAAAUGACAAGACUGAUAAAUCUGAAAAAUAGCAUAUUUUGUGUAAAUUUAUAUAUACUGUUGUGUGUUACGCCUGUUGAAUGCAGUUUGCAUGAAUGUAUAUAGGGCAUCUUAGCUUAAACAAUUGUGGAAAUGUUAGUGAAUAGUCAUAAGUGAAUUGUACUCUUGCAUGUAUAUUAUAAAUAAGAGGCUUUAGUUUUCUUAUUUCAUAUCAUAUAACAUCUAAAUUAAAAAUUCUAUUCAUAAUUAUUUCUUAUCAAACUAAAAAGCCAUGAUCCGGCUUACUGGACCUCUAGGACUAGGGAAAACAGUUUAGGAAUGAUGGAGCUUUCCAGCACAAAUGCAGGUAGUUUAGUUCUGACAGUGCCACAAGCUACUACCCUCCCCAGUCUUUAUAAGCUAAGCUAAAUAGCUCAGACCAUAAAGCAUAAGCCAUAAGUUCAACUUAGUUCAUACACAAGUUGUUAGAGCAACAAAAAAUUAAAAUACAAAUAUCCAAUAUAUAUAUUUAGUGUUAAAAUUCAUCAUCUAUACAAUAUGUACAAAUCUAUUACUUUCCCUAGGGCUGUUAUAUCUAUGAAAAAAGGACAUUUAGCAAAUUUUAAUGGUCUCUGCUUGUGACAUGUUUUUGAAUGGAAUACUGCAUAUUAUAUUAAUGGAUAUAUAACCAUUCCCUUCUUAAGCCUCGUUUACACUAUCAAAGUUUCUGUGAUCACAGUAGGAAUUUUGCAUGGGCAAAUUCUAAGUUUUGGACUGAUUUGUAAGAAAUGUUUGCGGCAACCGACUCAGUGUUAAAUUAAACACCGAGUCAGUUCCUUCAAACACUACAAAUCCUUCAAAAUACUACUUAACAAUUAGACAACGAGGCCGAGUUGUCUAUGAGCGAAUAGUCAACGAGGCGAAGCCGAGUUGACUAUUUGCUCAUAGACAACGAGGCCGAGUUGUCUAAUUGUUUUAGUAUAAACUUUAACAUUAAUUUACAAAUAGGCUGCAAACACAAUACAAAAAUACACAAAAAAAAUAUAAAACCAUUAAAGGUAAACAAAUAUUUUAGUUUUUGUUCGCGUGAAAUGUUUUACAAAAUGUCAAAAUUCAGUUUUAAUUUUAAAAUUUCAUUGAGUGUAUGUUAUUUUGUCUAUUUUCUUACCCAUAAAAAUUGCCAUUCCAUAUUUUUGUUGCUUUUUUCGGGGGGUUUUAGUACAGAAUUGUUCAACAAGUCGUCCAAAAAAUCAUCAGACACUUCGGCAAAAGUGCAAAACACGAAUUUUCCGCCAUUUUGAAUUUUCUAUUAGUAGGCUAUCACUAUAAAUAGCCUACUAGUAGCGUAGCCAAUCAGAAGGCACGAUAUGUGAUAGCCUGCUAGUAGGUUUAUACUAAAAUACAAUAUACUUACAUAUGCAAAAUUCCUACGUGAUCACAGAAGCUUUGAGCUAAAGUGUGAACCAGACUAUAGCUUAGUAAUUCCUAAACAAGCUUCUGCCUAGCUACUAUAUUAAUGCAAUAAUGGAUAUAUAAUUUAGUUGGACAUUAAUUUGAGUUGAGAAAUACGAUGUAGAAUUUCUAUGAUUUGUAGAAUAUUUGACGCGGCCGUGUUAUACACGUAAAAAUGGACAAGUUCACAAGCUGACGGCAAGUUGUGUUCGCACUGCUUGUUCCCAGUUGUUGUAACAAGUUUGGAACAAGCAGUUAACAACUUGUAACAAUUAAGCUUGAUGGCAUUAUCAAACUUGUUACAAGGUUGUUCUAACAAUAAGCAAUUAUUGGAUGAGGCUGAGCAUGAUAUCAAGAAUUAUUCAGACCGAGGUCAAUGUUAUCUGCCGAAGCGAAGCUGAGGCGGAUAACAUAGACCGAGGUCUGAAUAAUUCUUGAUAUCAUGCGAAAGCAGAAUCCAAUAAUUGUUUUAUUAUACAUUUAAAGACAUGAGAAACGUAUAGGACGAUUCCUGUUCAUGAGGUAGGAAAAGUGCAAUUUGAAUAUCAAACACCUUGCACAAAGUCAAAGGUCAGCUAAAUAUUAUAUUUCUACUUCUAUUUACCCCUUUGCGGCUUUUUUCGUGCUUUCACUAUCCUUAUCUGCCAAUAAUUUGGAGAGUUCACUUUCAUUCAGCGAAGCAAAUCUCCUGUCGGCCAUUGUUUGUUUUUUUCCCGCGCUUAUACUUAUAGGUUCAAGCUUUUGGCCGCGCAAGGGUUUGGGCACGAGAGAGUCCAAUAAUAUUUUUUUUUGGAUGCAAGUUCGAUCCAAAAAAACAAUUAUUGGACGUUGAUGACGUCAUCGGCGGAAAAUACGUAAUAAAUGCCGAAUACUGAAAAUUAGCCGGUGCUUUCUGACCAAUUUGAAACGAGAAUACAUAUUAAAUGUAUAAUAAGUCUGAUUACUCUGAUACGGUCAUGAUAUAGCAAGAAUGUUAUAAGGUUGACGACACAAGGUUGUAACAAUAUUGUUCUAUCAUGACUGUAUCUGACUUGUUGGAACAACCUUGCAACAAGUCUGAUAAUAUCAACAAGGUUGUUACAAGUUGUUAACAGCUUGUUCCAAACUUGUUGACAACUUGGGACAAGCAGUGCGAACACAACUUGUUGGCAGACUUGCUACAAGAUGCGAGAUUUUUGCGUGUGUAGGUCGUUUGGUUUUAGUGGCCAUAUUUCAAUCACAGUCCGGACCUAUAUGCUGUCGAAUGUUUUUGAACCAAACGUCCUUGUCUUCUGGAGAAUUUGCGGAGAAUACAAAGUAGACCUUUGGAAAUACAAUCCUAAAUAAAAUGGAGUAAAGAACAGUAUUAAACUAACUUUGUUUAUACUGGAUAGCUCUAAUAUUACGGUCUGGUAUACUUCUUUGUUUUCAACCACG